CAGAAAACCGGUAACUUGAGGGGUUGGGCACCGGGAGUCAUGCAUGAGAAGGACGAUAAUAUUAUGUCGGGUUGAAAUCAACAAUAUGUCAACACGAUAAACGUAGAAGAAUCAGUACCAUAUCUGCCACAUUGUAAUGGACCUGGAUAACACAAGUAUUGCACGAUGGAGAACGAAGAUGUAGCAACGUGACACAGAAGGACACUAUCCAGAUCUCUGCAUCCCGAGAGCACUAUGACACACAAGUAUGUAUUGGCAGCAAUCAAGAAGAAGGAUGUGGACAAGUUCUUCCAGCUGAUUGAUCUCCCGGGCUAUGAUGUCAACACAUCGGCAAAGGGUGACACGCCUCUCAUUUUGGCAGCCAAAUCAGGACUGUGUGUGGUGACGGAGAAACUGAUCAGCAAGGGUGCGGACCUGAACAUGAGAGACGGCGAUGGGAGGACUGCCCUGCUUCAUGGCUGUCUGAGUGGCAACAGUGAGGUCGUCAGGCAGCUGCUCUAUGCAGGCAGUGACACCAACAAUUACACAGUGAAUGGUGACUUCGCCCUCCAUGAAUCCAUCACCAGCGGGGACAUGGACACAGUCCAGACGCUGUUAGAAUUGGGCACAGACGUCAACAAGUCCAACUGCAUCUCCGGCUACACACCGCUCAUGUUGGCGUUGCUCAAUGGGUUCGGGGACAUUGUCAGGCUGCUGCUCCGAUACGAGGCCAACCUCAACCAGGCCAUCAUGGAAGGUGACACAGCUCUUCAUCUGGCUGUUCAGGUUGCUCCUCCGGAUGUGAUUGCCGACCUUAUCCAUGCUGGUUGUAACAUGGACAUCCUGAACAACAUGGGGGAGACUCCCCUCAUCGUGUCGGUGUACGAGGGACGCAUUGAUGCUGCACGCUUGUUGAUCCUCUCAGGAUGCAGCAUUGACAGGUACGACUACUUCUCCCCCCUCUGUGUCGCGUGUGUGCAGAACAGCGCCAUCAUGGUGCGAUAUCUCCUCUCCGAGGGAUACAACGUCAGCAAAGAUAAUUCAGUGAAACAGAACCUUUUUUUCAAAUUUGAGGACAACUACCCUGAACUUUUCUCCUACAUAUUUGAGGACAGAUGUGUGAAGCCCAUGAGUCUACGCGAGAUCUCCCGAGUUCGUGUCCGUCAAUUACUAGGUCCUGACGUGUCUGGUCGUAUUUCACAACUCUCACUUCCAGGGAUACUGAAGGACUGGGUCGUACAAGAUGUGAUAUACUGAACGCAGGAGCAUGAUCUGCUUAUUUAUGGUCUGCCAUAGAUUCUGUCUACAUCCAGUUCAUCAUGCUGAGUGCAGGCUGUGGUCUGGGCUGCUGUCUGUCAACUGCAGGUUUGCCCUUUCUUUGCUGGAAAACAUACAACUUGGACAUACAACUCUCUGUUACAGCAAUAUAUAUCAACAAGUAAUAUGUUUCCAAAUAUGAUCACAAUGAUGAUUUAGAAGCACCCUACAAAAACACUUACUGAGACAGUCCUGUGUCACAGGCCGACAGAGUUGUAUGUAAAGACACUUAUGAAAUGUAUGUAAAGACACUUACGAAAUGUAUGUAAAGACACCUACUGAGACAGUCCUGUGUCACAGGCCGACAGAGUUGUAUGUAAAGACACUUACAAAAUGUAUGUAACGACACCUACUGAGACAGUUCUGUGUCACAGGCUGACAGAAUUGUAUGUAAAGACACUUAUGAAAUGUAUGUAAAGACACUUACGAAAUGUAUGUAAAGACACUUACGAAAUGUAUGUAACGACACCUACUGAGACAGUCCUGUGUCACAGGCCGACAGAGUUGUAUGUAAAGACACUUAUGAAAUGUAUGUAAAGACACUUACUGAGACAGUCCUGUGUCACAGGCUGACAGAAUUGUAUGUAAAGACACUUAUGAAAUGUAUGUAAAGACACUUACUGAGACAGUCCUGUGUCACAGGCCGACAGAAUUGUAUGUUAAGACACUUAUGAAAUGUAUGUAAAGACACUUACUGAGACAGUCCUGUGUCACAGGCUGACAGAAUUGUAUGUAAAGACACUUAUGAAAUGUAUGUAACGACACCUACUGAGACAGUCCUGUGUCACAGGCCGACAGAGUUGUAUGUAAAGACACUUAUGAAAUGUAUGUAAAGACACUUACUGAGACAGUUCUGUGUCACAGGCCGACAGAAUUGUAUGUAAAGACACUUAUGAAAUGUAUGUAAAGACACUUACGAAAUGUAUGUUAAGACACUUACUGAGACAAUCCUGUAUCACAGGCCGAGAGAGUUGUAUGUAAAGACACUUAUGAAAUGUAUGUAAAGACACCUACUGAGACAGUUCUGUGUCACAGGCUGACAGAAUUGUAUGUAAAGACACUUAUGAAAUGUAUGUAAAGACACUAACAAAAUGUAUGUAACGACACCUACUGAGACAGUUCUGUGUCACAGGCUGACAGAAUUGUAUGUAAAGACACUUAUGAAAUGUAUGUAAAGACACUUACGAAAUGUAUGUAAAGACACUUACGAAAUGUAUGUAAAGACACUUACAAAAUGUAUGUAAAGACACCUACUGAGACAGUCCUGUGUCACAGGCCGACAGAGUUGUAUGUAAAGACACUUAUGAAAUGUAUGUAAAGACACUUACGAAAUGUAUGUAAAGACACUUACUGAGACAAUCCUGUAUCACCGGCCGAGAGAGUUGUAUGUAAAGACACUUAUGAAAUGUAUGUAAAGACACCUACUGAGACAGUUCUGUGUCACAGGCUGACAGAAUUGUAUGUAAAGACACUUAUGAAAUGUAUGUAAAGACACUAACGAAAUGUAUGUAACGACACCUACUGAGACAGUUCUGUGUCACAGGCUGACAGAAUUGUAUGUAAAGACACUUAUGAAAUGUAUGUAAAGACACUUACGAAAUGUAUGUAAAGACACUUACGAAAUGUAUGUAAAGACACUUACAAAAUGUAUGUAAAGACACCUACUGAGACAGUCCUGUGUCACAGGCCGACAGAGUUGUAUGUAAAGACACUUAUGAAAUGUAUGUAAAGACACUUACUAAAUGUAUGUAAAGACACUUACAAAAUGUAUGUAAAGACACCUACUGAGACAGUCCUGUGUCACAGGCUGACAGAAUUGUAUGUAAAGACACUUACUAAAUGUAUGUAAAGACACUUACGAAAUGUAUGUAAAGACACUUACGAAUUGUAUGUAAAGACACCUACUGAGACAGUCCUGUGUCACAGGCCGACAGAAUUGUAUGUAAAGAUAACUGUGAUUCACAUUUACACAAACAUGUAUGUGAUAUUUUUCUCGGCCAUGCAACAACUCUGAGUCUUGCCUUGCCAGGAUCCACUUAUUGUAGGUCUGAAUUCAGAGGGGCGGUCGGGUAGCCUAGUGGUUAAAGCGUUCGCUCGUCACGCCGAAGACCUGGGUUCGAUUCCCGACAUGGGUACAAUGUGUGAAGCCCAUUUCUGGUGUCCCCCGCCGUGAUAUUGCUGGAAGAUUGCUAAAAGCGGCGUAAAACCAUACUCACUAACUCACUCACUGAAUUCAGAAUCAUCCUGAUUAAGAUCCUUGGUGUGUCAUCACCAUAACCAUUUGUGUUGGCAUCAGUGUUGGGGUAGCUAUCAAUCCAUCUUCCCGAGGCAAGAGCGUCCACUAGCCUUUUAAUCAAGUCUUGUUACCACCCUUGCCACAUUAAGCCCACUUCCCUGUGCUACAUAUGAUUGGACUAUCGCACAUAUUGAUAGUCCAAUCAGAAACAAUUUCACAAAAUCAACAUCCAUGACUAGUACACCUUCAUUUGAAAGUGAUUAACCGCUGCCGGUCUUUAUUGACACGUCUUUUCCAUCUUUUAAACCCCCCAAAGAUUGCCUGAUUUUGUGUCGGGGAUAAAAUCGCGAAUGUUUUCCUUUUCUGAUCGACUAGGUCGUUGCCUAUGGUAUGCAUAUAGUGGCCAUCUUGGUGAAGAUAUAGGAGAUAAGAACAGCGAUCUGAUUGGAUAUCGCGUUUUCAUUACAAGGGGCACAACUUGUGAUCUACACCAGGUGGCGCAAGGGUCGAGCCAAGAAAAGUUGCCUUGAUGUGGCAAGGGUAGAAACUAGACUUUGAUAUUGGCUAGUGGACAUGCCUUGGGAAGAUGCCAUCAAUGCCACUCUGAGCUUUCUUCACACACCAUGAGAUGCAAACCAGCAUGAAACUCUGCUCACUCACACUCACUCAUUAUUCUUCCAAGUUUCCAGGAAAGCAGUCAUGGCCCUGUGUUUGUUGAAUGUCCUAUACAUGUUUAACAUCCGACUGUCAAAGUGCCCCGAUGACUCUGAGAAAACGGGCCCAGCCUUGAACAAUUCCAGACAAUCAAUAGUAAUGUUGAUCGUUGUGUGUAUUAUGUAUUUGUAGGGUAAUCACGAACUACUAAUUUGUUGUUGGGGAAAGGAUGUUAACACUUAUUUUGAACUUUCCUCAUAAUAUUAAAGAAGAUUUACCCUUUCAAAUAACUACUAAAGGGAACUACAGUAAACUAUGGUUAUAACGAACUCGAAGGGAUCACUAAUUUUAGUUUGUAAUAACCUUAGUUCGUUAUAAGCAUAUAAACAGCAUUUAUACAACAAAUGGUCGGGACUAAAAAUAAGUUUUUUAUAUUUACUGUAUCUAUUUAUAAUACUGAUAUCAAUAUUCAAGAAAAGAUUUACAUUUACUCAGUGGCUAUCAAACUGUUUAUGCAAAAGUUUAUGAUGUCAUAUUAGAAUAUAUUUAUUUGAGAAAAAAGCAGAGAUAGUUGCAAUCUCAUUAAAAUCAGACCUUAGUUCUCAUGACCGCUAAACAAAGGUCUGAAGACAUCCCAUAAGGGGUCACGGCAGAACGACCUUUCAUCCGACCAAUCAGUGUGUCGCUUACCAGAUUAUGAAAGUGCCAGUCGGAAUGUGAUUUCUAAUCAUGCAAUCUUGAAAACUAUAACAUGGUGUAUUCAGAAUGAUAGUUACGGGUUUAACGACUGAAUCCUUACAAUCUAGACCAUAUAUUAGCCAUUCCAGAAUGUUUUUUGGUUCAGGUUUCAAAUUUGUAAUCAAGAAUUUGUCAAAAUAUGUUUCGAAGCG